AUGGAAGAAGAGAAUCAAACCAAAGAGUUGUUUGAUUUAUAUGAAAAAUACUUUUUUUUACCUAAAUCAAGGUUAAUGGAAUUAGUUGAUGAUUUUUGCAUAUCUUUAGAAGAUGGACUUAAAAAUCACACAAAUCCUCUAAAAAUUAACAAAUGUUAUUCUAAUUACAAACCUUUUAAGAUGUUAGAUUCUUGCAUUGACAAGCUUCCAACCGGGAAAGAAAAAGGUGUUUAUUAUGCUAUUGAUAUGGGUGGGACUAAUUUAAGAUGUGUUCGAGUGAAUUUACUUGGUAAUGGUCAAAGUGAAACCAAAUUUAAGAAAACUAAGUUAACAGAAAUGAAAGUUUUUGCCUCAGAGAAAGUCUUGAAUGGUAGUAAAUGCUCCAAAAUUUGUCAAAAAGAAGUUAAUAUAUUGGAUAAAACAGUAUCUUCAGAAACAAUGUUUAAUUCAAUUGCUUCUUUCUUUAAUGAAUUUUUAAAAGAAUGUGGCGAUUUAAAUGAUUUAGGUAGCAUUAACAUCAAUAGCUUUCCAAUAGAGGUUGCUUUCACUUUUUCUUUUCCCACAAUGCAAUUUGGAAUUGCUAAUGCAAAUUUGUUAAUCUGGACAAAAGGAAUUGAAACAGGUAGGUCAACAAACGAUCCUGUAGAAGGUAAAGAUAUUGGCGAUCAAUUGAAUUCAGCUUUUAAAAGAAAUGGAAUACCUGCUUGUUGUAAAUGUAUUGUAAAUGAUACUGUCGGAACUCUUCUUUCAGCAAUGUAUGAUUUAAACGUUAAUAAUUGCAAUAUAAAUAACCAUUUUUCAAAAGUUAACGAGAAUAUUUCAAAAGAAGUUAAUACACUAACCAGGAAAUCUGAAAACAAACCAUUGGUUGGAAUUGUAGUUGGAACAGGAGUGAAUGCUUGCUAUUAUGAACCAGACUCUUUAAAUUUUGGUUAUAAAGGAGUUAUUAUUAAUACUGAAUGUGGAGAUUUUUAUUCGUCAAAGUUACCCUCAACUGAUUGUGAUCUUACUAUCGAUUGGUUUAGCGACAAUAGGGGAAAACAAAGGUUUGAAAAAAUGAUUAGUGGAACUUAUUUGGGAGAAAUUUCUCGGCUAUUAAUUAUCAAUUUUUUAAAAUAUAAAACACCCAAAAUCUUUUUCAAAAAAGACUCAUUCAAAACCGAACAUAUUGCUGAAAUUAUUAGCCAAUUUAAUGAUAGUUAUCAUAAUUUCAACCAAAACCAUGACAGUAGUUGCAACCAAAAUUUGAAGUCCAUUGAAAAUUACUUGAGAGAAACAUUCUCAUCGGAUUUUGAUCAUAAUUCUACUCAUAUUAUCGCAAGAAUUUCACAAAUGGUACUUAUGAGAGCAGCAUCUUUAGUCUCAGUCCUUCUUGCAGCAUUUAUAAAAAGGAUUAAUAAGUCACACAAUGAAGUUAUCAUUGCCAUUGAUGGAUCUGUAUGGACAAAAAUACCCACAUUCCAGAAUUAUGUUAAAAAAUCACUUUCCUCUAUAAUUCAAGAAAGUGGGAAUCUUGGUUCAAUAUAUUUUUAUGAAUCAGAUGACGGCUCUGGAAGAGGUGCUGCUGUUCUUGCUAGUACUAUUAGUCAUAUACAUUGA